CAGGUCACUUUCAACAUGGAGAGUGGAGCAGGAAGGCACUGGACUGAGGAGGAGGUUAAAGCCUUGUUAAGCGUCUGGUCAGAAAAAAACAUCAGAAAGCAACUCCAUGGAACACUAAGGAAUAAAGGAAUAUUUAUUUACAUUGCUAAAAGGCUACAGGAGCUGGGGAUCUGCAGAGACUGGAAACAAUGUCGUGCAAAGUAUAAAAACCUGAAAUAUGAAUAUAGGACAGUUAAAUAUGCCCACAACUCAGGAGAUGCUACAAAGACCAUGAAGUUUUUCCACGAAUUGGAUGCCAUAUUGCAACAUGAACCUGUCACACAGUUAACAGAGGAAGAGAACGGCAGGUGUUCAGCAAAUGACAUCAUAAAUGCCACAAGGGAGAACAAUGAAGGUGAAGUUGCAGUUACACUGGAAGAGGAGGAAGAUCCUCCUGCAAAUCCACUACUUUUUAUGUCCCACUGCAGGCCCAUUCAACUAGGUAACACAUAUCUGAGUCUCUCCCCUAUUCUGCCUGAUGCAGGUAACCCAACCCCAAUACUAGAUGCGACCAGAAGUCUGCCAUACAUUCCAUCUGUAGCAAACGAAGGAGGAAAACAUUGGACUAUUAAUGAAGUUAGAGCUCUAAUACGUGUCUGGUCAGAUAAAAGCAUCCAGCAACAACUCGAGGGAACGGUGAGAAACAAAAGAAUAUUUGAACAUGUUGCUGCUAGACUCCAAAAAUUUGGAAUCGACAGGGACUGGAAGCAGUGCAGGACAAAAUAUAAAAAUCUAAAGCAUGAAUAUAAGAGUGUAAAAAAUGCCCAAUAUUCAGGCAACACGAGCAAAAGUAUGAAGUUUUUCAGAGAGCUGGAUGCUAUUCUGGGCCACAGCAAUGCAGAUAAAACAAGCAGAUCGGAUAAUGAUGACAGCGAGAAGCCUGUAGAAUGGGUAGAAACUAAAUCAGAAAAGAAUUUCAGAGAAUUACAUGGAGACACAGGUGCGGAAGAUUCUGUUAGUAGUAUGUCAGGAGAUCUGCAGCUCACAGACACAAGGAAAGUGAAAGACCCAGUGCUCCACAGCGCAGUAGAAAGAACUAAUUAUCUAAAUGGAGAUUUGGAAGAGCCCAUUACCACACAUGUGAAGGAAGACAUAAAAGAAGAAGUUACUGACUUAGAAAUACCGGAAGACGACGAUUCCAUCCACAGUACUCUCGAAGGUACAGAGCUCACACACAUAAAGCAAGAGCCGAUUGACGUAGAUGAUGAUUCUAUCAGUACAACCUCUGAGGACGUACCUGGGUUUUCAAUGUGUAAACAGAUAACAGGGGCAGACCAUCAAAUGUCCUUAAACGAAGCACAGAAUCACUUUAGAGUUAUUACAAUUAACGACACAGGAGCAGGAAAGCACUGGUGUGACAAUGAAGUCAAAGCUCUGAUAAAUAUUUGGUCCGAUGAGGAGAUACAGCAAAUGCUUGAAGGAGCAACAAGGAAUAAAGAAAUAUUUGAGGAGAUUGCCAGAAGGCUAAUGAAGGUUGGAAUAGACAGAGACUGGAAGCAGUGCCGCACAAAAUACAAAAACUUAAAAUAUGAGUAUCGUGCGUUGCAAAAAGAAAACGACCAGGUUGGCAAUGCAAGAAAGAGGAUGAGGUUUUACGAUGAAAUCGACUGCAUUUUGAGAAGCCAGCCCUCAGGACCCAUCUUUCUUAACAUUUUGUCACAGAACACUUCUUGUCUUUUUAAAGAGACAGCUGCAGAAGUUACCACAGACACAGCCCCACUGAGCGUCAAAAGAAAAGCCUCUCAGGAUGACCCCUCACCCAUUCAGUUUAAGAAAAGUGUUUCUGAGAACUUAACAAUCCAGUCGCAAGGUGUGUCUGACAGCAUGCGUACUGUAAUCAAGAGCCGAAGGAUGCUUCUAGAGAGAUUUUACAAGCAGGAAGAAAUGCAAGAUACCAGCAGAACACAGAUGAACAGCAGCAUCCCUGCAGUGAAACAGGCGUCUCUCCAGGCGGUCUCUGCGAUGCCUCCCAUACGCUCAGAACUUAAACUUGGCAAAAAAAUAAAUGAGGGGAAAACAAAAGAAGUCUAUGAAUUGCCAAGUCUCCCGGGAUGUGUUCUGCUUCAAUCGAAAGACCAGAUAACGGCCGGAAAUGCAGCUAGAAAGGAUCUCAUGGAAGGGAAGGCCGCAAUCUCAAAUACAACAACAAGCUGUGUGUUUCAGUUGCUCCAGGAGGCUGGAAUUAAAACUGCUUUUGUGAGGAAGCAUAGUGACACGGCCUUCAUCGCUGCUCACUGUGAAAUGAUUCCAAUUGAAUGGGUUUGCAGAAGAAUUGCUACAGGUUCUUUCCUGAAGAGAAACCCUGGCGUCGAGGAAGGCUACCGCUUUAACCCACCUAAGAUUGAGAUGUUUUAUAAGGAUGAUGCAGCCAAUGAUCCACAGUGGUCUGAAGAGCAACUCAUUGAAGUUAAGUUCAAGUUUGCCGGCCUUGAAAUUGGACAGACUGAAGUUGACAUUAUGGCCCAGUCUACUCGAGCCAUUUUUGAAAUACUUGAAAAAGCAUGGCAGCCCCUGAACUGUACUUUAGUGGACAUGAAGGUUGAGUUUGGUGUGAAUGUAGCUACAAAAGAGAUUGUUCUUGCUGAUGUCAUUGAUAAUGAUUCUUGGCGAUUGUGGCCAUCUGGAGACAGAAAACAGCAGAAAGACAAGCAGUCUUACCGCGAUCUCAAAGAAGUGACUCCUGAAGCACUGCAGGUGGUGAAGAGAAACUUUGAAUGGGUAGCUGAAAGAGUGGAGCUUUUGUUGAAACCACAGAGUCAAGGCAGAGUGGUUGUGCUAAUGGGAUCCACUUCAGAUCUUGCACACUGCGAAAAAAUAAAAAAGGCUUGUGGGAACUUUGGCAUUCCUUGUGAAUUACGAGUGACCUCUGCUCACAAAGGACCAGAUGAGACACUUAGGAUCAAAGCUGAAUAUGAAGGUGAUGGAAUUCCUACAGUGUUUGUAGCAGUAGCUGGAAGAAGCAAUGGUCUGGGACCUGUGAUGUCUGGAAACACAGCAUAUCCUGUUGUAAACUGUCCUCCACUCUCGGCCGACUGGGGUGCUCAGGAUAUAUGGUCAUCUCUGAGGCUGCCCAGUGGUCUUGGCUGUUCCACAAUUCUUUCACCCGAAGGUGCUGCCCAGUUUGCUGCUCAGAUAUUUGGGUUGAAUAACCACUUUGUGUGGGCCAAGUUGCGCUCAAGUAUGUUGAAUACAUGGAUCUCGCUCAAGCAGGCUGACAAAAAGAUGAGAGAAUGCAACUUAUAAACCGCUUCUUCGUUCUGUGUUCUGCCAGCUAUCAGAAUAUGGCAUACCGUUUCUAACUCAAGAACACACUCACCAGUUCUAUCAUAAACAGAUGAGCCUGCAGGUUCCAAGCACAUACGGUUCAUCUUUGGCUUUCUGAAAGCUGUAGAACUUCACAAAUGCUACCAGUAUUAUGGAGUAGUUUUUACUGAUCCAUCUCAAUAGCUUAUUAAACAGAGCUAGUUACCUGUAUUGAUUUGUAAUCCUGAACAGAAUGUUAAUUCUCAAAGUUUCUAUUGAACAGCUAGCAAUAACAGCAACUGUCUUAACCUAGAUUCUAAUUAAGAACCUGUUCAACAAUGUGGCAGAGGAAAGAAAGGCUAGCCAUUAUUUCAAGAUAGUAUUGUGAAAUCUGUAUUCGGAGGGAAAGUGUUUACCAAAUAGGAAUAAAAGAAGCUUUCACUA